AUGAAGUUGUGCAGCAUGAACGGGCCAAGUGAAUCAGAAGUCGAAAGCCUACUGAUGAGCCCCUGCUGGGGACCCACACAGACCGGCAGCCAGGACCAAUAUCUGCUGGACGGACACAAGCUGCUGCUGGAGCACGACCUUGACUCGCUGCCCAGCGAUGCGGACCAGAAGAACUCGCUGGAUGUGCUGGACAAUCUGCUGUUGAACAGCUCCUCGCUGAAUGCGCUGUCCGACCUGAAGCCGCUGCCACCCUUCACCGGCUAUACCGGCCACCUGUCCAUCAAUGGCAUCUCCGGCCACCACUAUCAUGCGAUCGCCCAGCGGCUGCCCGACGAGAGCAACAACAACUACAUACAGAGCGCCUAUCAGCAACACCAACACCACCAGCAGCAGCAGCACCAGCAUCAGCAUCAGCAGUCGAACAACGGCAAUCAGAAUGCGAAUCCCACGUCCACAACGGCUGCGACGACGUGCAGCGGAACGGGCGGCGGCGGUGGUGGCAAUGGCGGCUCCUCCCAGGAGCAGAAUAUCGUAUCCUCGUCAACCGGCCUGCCCGAGAGCGUACUCAGCGCAGAUGCGGACGCCUGCCUGAACGAUGUCAAGCUCUUUGCCGAUAGUCAGUUAGAUUCUAAGCUCUACUCCGUAGCGGACAGCUGUGUUAUGAACGCCACUGGGCACACAGGCGGCAAUGGUAGCGGAGGCGGUAAUAAUGGUGGUGGUGGUGGUGUCUCCUCUCUGGCCAGCAGCGGAUCCACUCUGACGCCCAUCGACCAAGUGGCCGACUCGCUGCACGGCAGCGGAGUGCGCAUCUACAAGGAUCUGACCGAGUACGUGGACAUGAACAGCAUUGAUGACAUUGCUGCGAUUAUUGGAUCUGCGAUAGCGGACACCACGGUGCCCAAUCAGCUGGACAAAGAGGAGGGCAACGAUACGCGCGACAGUUGGAUGGAUCUGGACGCCUGGAUCGAUGGCAACUGCAUACAGCAGGAGGGCAAGGUGCUCGUCUCGCAGCAGGAUUCGCUUAGCGACUUUAUGCUGCCCCACUCGCCGCUGCCGGUGCACGCGAGCAGCUCCACGCUGCAGAGUCUACUCAGCCAUGGCUAUAUGCCGCUGCUGCAGAAUCGCCUGCAGCAUGGACCACCAGGCGCGGGCUCGACGGCGGCGACAACCACCACACUAAAGACCGAGACGCCCAGUUCUACCUCAUACUGCAACGAGCUGUCGGCGGCCAGCAGCAGCUGCAGUCCGCCGGGCUCUGUGGUCAGCACCACGGACAACAAUCUGAUGAUCAAUCCGCGCUACUUGACCAACAAUCCCAAUUCCAGCCAGCAGCAGCAGCAGCAACAGCAGCAGCAGCAGCAGCAGUCGGCGUACCAGCUGACGCCCAACGGCGGCCUGUCUGGCGCUGGACUGAAGGACGGCGGACUGUGCAGUCCGGACAUGCUGAGCAAUUAUCCGCAUACGACAAGCACCACGAAUGCGCCCUCUGGCACGCCCAAGGCCAAGCGCUCCAGGGCGCAGAAGAAGUCUAGCCAGCAGCAGCAGCAGCAGCAGGCCGGCCAGGGGCAGAUCCAGGGCGAGAGUGGGGCGCCUCAGCUGAGCGCGAUGUCGCCGUCGGGCGUGGCCAGCUUCAGUGCCAGCGAUCUGAGCGGUCUGCUGGGCAAGGAGAAGCCGGUGCAUCGAUGCAGCAUAUGCAAUCGGGGCUUCCUCAACAAGUCAAACAUUAAGGUGCACCUGCGUACGCACACAGGGGAGAAGCCCUUCCGCUGCGACGUGUGCGCCAAGGCCUUUCGCCAGAAGGCGCACUUGCUCAAACAUCAACAGAUACAUAAGAGAAUUGGGCGUGACUGA